AUGACCAAUCUGGAAAAACAAGCCGAUGAAAUCUUAGCAUUACAAUCCAUAUUUGAAACGAAAUUUCGUUUUCUUCAUGACAAUAAUCAAUAUGAAAUCUUAAUUGAUUUUGAUCUACUUCAACCAUUUGUUAUUAAAUAUAAUAAUAAAAGAUCUAUAAUUGAUUAUUUACCACCAUUUACUCUUAUUAUUCAUUAUGAUGAUGAAUAUCCAAGUUCCCAUCCUCCUUCAUUUAUUCUUUCAUGUUUUUAUUUUUCAAAAUCAUCUUUAGAGAAUCUUUGUCAAAAACUUGAUAAUUAUCCAUUUAUAAAUGGUGAAGUUUGUGUUUAUGAUUGGAUCGAAUUGAUUAAAAAUCAAAUCAGUAACGAACUUAUCCUUCAUACCAAACUCGAUGACGAACAAAUCAAUGAUCCACGAGCAUUAAAUGGAUAUUUAAAUGAGAAUAUUAAUCAAAUUUAUCAAUAUUUAAUUAAUUAUAAUAAUGAACAAAAAGAAAAACAAUUUCGAAAUCAACUUCAAACAUGUUUAAUCUGUACAGAUAUUAUUUCAGGAAUAGAUUGUAUUCGUCUUUAUCGUUGUGGACAUUUUUAUUGUCAAUCAUGUUUAAAUAAUUAUGUUAAAAUAACAUUUGAUAAUGGAAGAUUUGGUGAAAAACUUCUUUGUCCACAAAAUCAAUGUCAAAAAGCAUUACUUCCAAAUGAAAUGAAAUUAAUUAUUCAAGAUGAUCAGUUAUAUCAAAGAUAUGAAAGAUUAACAUUACAACAUGCUUUAGAAUUAAUGAAUGAUAUCAUAUGGUGUCCAAGAUGUCAAUCUGCUGUUCUUAUCGGAAGUGGUGAUGAUAACUUAGCGAUAUGUGAUCAAUGUCGUUAUACAUUUUGUAAAAAAUGUAAAGAAAUUUAUCAUUUUCAAGUAAUGUGUCCAAAAGAUUAUUUAAUUGAACAGUUAAAAUUACAACAACAAAAAGCACGUGAAAGAAUUGCAAAGCAACGCGAAGAAGAAAGUGAAAGAAAUCGAAAAGUACAAGAAAAAGAUGAAAAGAGACUUGCCAAAGAACGAGAAAAAGCUCUUGCAGAAUUAGCUAGAAUUGAAAAACAAAAAGCAACUUUAGCUGAAAGAAAUCUUGUUAAGCAACAUUAUCGUGAAAUUGCCAUUGACUUAUCUGACGAAGAUAUUUUAUUAGAAAAGAUUUUAAAUGCUGAACGAAUGGAAGUACUUAAUACUCAACCCUGUCCAAAUUGUCAUGCAAGAAUUGAAAAAAAUGGUGGUUGUUCACAUAUGCAUUGUUCAAGAUGCGAUUAUCAUUUUACUUGGUCGUCACCAGAAGGACCACGACCUCCUGAAAUAACUUCAUUGUUAUAUCAUUCUUCUAAUGCUAUGUCAGUACAAUCUAUCAAAGAAGAAUUAAAUAAAAAAUCAGAUACAGCUAAAGUAUCUGAACAAAAUAUCGAAAAGACUGAUUCCGAUCAAUUGACAGAGGAUGAAAAUAAGCAAGAUACGAAGAUUUUAAUUAAUAAUCGAUCAUUUGUUGGUUCUGCUAUCGUCAAACGAGUGAAACAAUGUCCGAAUAAUUCAUGUAAUAAAUUCAAUGUUAAAAUAGGUGACGAUAAUUGGAUUGUCUGUAGUGAAUGUUUCAAGCAAUAUUGUUUUUCCUGUCUAAAAUCCAUUAAUGGACCAAACCAUUUCCAAAAAGAAUGUGACCGUUACACACCACUUUAA